AUGUUCAGAGCGCACAAAAGGAUAUCUGACCUUGUCAUACCUGCCGAGUACGACGAAGCCGGGAGGGUGAUCAACAAAGGAAAGGUCAUCCUCAAGGGGGUCACCCACGAACUGCCCAACGACCAUCGCUCAGUCCAGGCGCUGAACAAACACGUCGCGUUGUCAUUCGAGGUAUCUGCACCGAACGAGCCUGUGACUCGGACUAGGAUGGAAGCGUCGAACUGGCUGGAGACUCACCAAGAGGGUCUGAGCCACACAUGGAUCCGAUCUACUCUCAAGAUAGAACCCUCGCUGAUGUCGCUCAAGCUUCCCCUGUUGUCCCAGGAGCCCUGUGAAGCUGACAUCCAAGCUGCAAUGGAAGCUCACGAUAAAUUCCGCAGGAAUCCAUCCUUCAUCGACCAGGAGGAGAGGCCCAUGUCAAGUCGGCGAAGUUUGGCUGGACAGCCUCCAGUCACCGUACGGAUUCGGAGGAACCCCCUCUCCCUCAAUCCCUUCCACGAGUCAAGAUCAGGAAAGAGGGUAGUCAAGGGAGCUGAUAUCACCGAGUCUCCUCGUGGAAUCGAAGAGAGAAACGAGCAGAAGCGUCCAGUGACGGCAGAUCUGCUGCGCAUCGACGGGCAGCGAAAGCUCUUGAGGGCAAGGGCGUCGAGCACUCAGCGCAACGAGGAGUACAAAGCUUUCCCCCAUGGACUAGACUUGAAGGGAAUUCCUCCGUACUCAAAACGAGGACGACCUGACAGGACAGCUGUCGCAGAGAGUCAUGGGGAGGACAGCAAUGCAAGGCCGCAGACAGCAAGGAGGGCGGACAAUCGGGAUUCCCACCACAUGCGAGCUGUUGUUCUCAACAAGGUCAAACGCCCGCUAAGUGCUCGUCCACAUCUCUCGAUUCUCAUCCCCUACAAGAACAGCAGCAGACCUCCGACAAUUUGUGGGCAGAUAACAAGCAGGUGCUGCAAGCACUCCCACCUUCGCUCAUCGUUCUUUGUUGUUUCCACCUCCACCAUUGUCUCCAUCGUCAACCUGCAUAUCCUCCUCUUCUUCUUUCUUCAUCCGCUACUCUCUGGAGCACUCUUGUACCCUCCAUCCUUUCCCACAUCUACCAGCAGCAAAGCAGCAGCUGCAUGCAACAAGAUGCGUUAUGAGCUGCAUGCCAAGAGCGUCCCUGAGCUCGUCAAACUAGUUCCCGUCCUAAGGAAGUACAACAUCACUAAGGUAAACCUGCCGAACAAGUCCAACAAAGAUACUCUGAACGACUUCGCACAAGUUCUGUGGGAGAAUGUUCCCAACGUCGACAUCUGCCUUCAUUGGAGCGUGAAGAACCGCAAGCUCAGGACAGCCCAGGAGACGCACAAAACCUUCAUUAACGACGUGACAAGCCCUCCAGCAGGGGUGGGCAGCUUCCUGUUGGUCUCUGGCUCUGUUGUUUCAUCGUCCUUGGACUCCAUCACCUGUUUGAAGGAGCUUGCGGGCAGCAGGCAGAAGCAUGCGGAGAUAGGAGUAGCUUUCAACCCAUACUUCCCUGAUGUGAAGGAAAGAGAAAGAGAGCAGCAGAGGCUCAAGGAAAAGGUUGCAACCGGAUGCGUCUCGCACGUCUGGUUGCAGUUUGGAAGCAACAUGGAGCUGCUGAGAGAAGGUCUCCGAUUCCUCCAGGCCGUGAGGUCUGCCUCCUCCACCGCCAGCCCCUUCAAGAUCUUCGGUUCCCUCUUCGUUCCCAGCAAGAAGUUUCUCGCUCAGAUGAAAUUCCGACCAUGGAAGGGUGUGUUCCUCUCAGAGGCGUUCCUGGACUCGGUUGGCGGGAGGGUGGGCUUGGUUGACAAGGCGGAUGCUGUUGUGACGGAGAUAGUGACGAUCUACCGAGAGUUUGAUGUCGAAGUUCUGAUAGAGACUGCAUGCGUGAAAGAGGAGGAUUUCCGACGAGUAGAACAGCUCGUCGGCUCAGUGCAAGUCAACAAGUUUCAUGCUGCUGAGAGUGAGCAAUGCGGUGAAGAUGACAGUGCAAGGGACGGAGUCGUGUCGUUGGGGAAGCGGUUGAAAUGUCAAGAGCAGGAAGACGGGCUCCGAGACACGAGCGUUAGCUUUGAUCAAUCCAACGAUGAGCGUCCCCUAAAGAAGGACAAGUUCUUACAAGCCACGACCGAGAGGUCUCAAACCUCACAAGUCGACGGGUCACCUGUGGUCGUGCUCUUCCGCAACGACCUUCGGCUCGAAGACAAUCCAGCGCUCUUCCAUGCGGCGAGCCUUUGUCGUCCCGUCCUCCCUGUCUUUGUGUGGGACCCUGAAAUCGGAAGUGAACAUUCGCUGGAGAGAUCUGCAGCAGCUAAAUCCUUGACAGACAAAUACGGGAUCGAUAUCAUCUUCAGAAAAGUUUCGAGCAAACCUGAUGCGGCUGAACAAGAGAAGUCAUACUGUCGACAAGUGCUGGAUGUCAUGAAGGAAGCUCAAGCUACUGCUCUGUAUGCAAACAGACUUUAUGAGCCCUGGCUAAGGGAUCAGGAUGAGGAGAUGAAGUGUCUUGUCGAGGCUGAAGGGUCCUCCGUCCAUCUCUUCGACGCAUCGUUGCUGUACCGUCCUGAGGACAUUGCCAUUCCUCCUGGAUACGACGGUCGAGGACACUGGGGAACUCUGACACCCUUCCUUCGCGCAUGUAGCCGGCUUCCUCCUCUCCGUCGUCCUCUUCCUCAGCCGAAGACACUCACCCGAGCGAGACAAGCUCCUUGCUCUCUGCGGCUGGAGGAGCUGGAGAUGGCAAAGAUGCCUGUCGGCAGAGAUGGAAGGAUGAUCGACUGGGGAGCAGGAGUGAAGAGUAGCUGGAAGUUCGGAGAGGAAGCAGCAAUGGAGGAAAUGAACAAGUUCAUCAAGUCGAAGCUGAUCAAAUACGAGAGUUCUCGCAGUCGUGCGGAUGUUCCCGUGGUGUCGAGACUUUCUCCGUACCUGAGGUUUGGAAUCCUAUCACCCAGGACUUUGCAUUUUGCCGUCGUAGACACCCGCUUGAGCCAGGACAAGAUCAAAACUUUCUCACGUCGCCUCUUCUGGAGAGAUCUUGCAUAUUUCCAUCUUCACACUUUUCCUGACAUGUCGCAUUGGUGGCGGGAAGACGAGGAGCUGCUGUCAGCGUGGAAGCAGGGGAGGACGGGAUUCCCGAUGGUGGACGCGGGGAUGAGAGAGCUGUAUGCAACAGGAUGGAUGCACCAGAACGUGCGCAUGAUCGCAGCGUCGUUUCUGUGCGAGUACUUGUGUAUCAGCUGGGUCAAGGGCUUGGAAUGGUUCCAUGAGACGUUGGUGGAUCUUGAUCAUGCCAUCAACGCGAUGAUGUGGCAAAACGCUGGGCGGUCAGGAAUCGAUCAGGCGAGUAGAAGCAGAGGAGGGAGAAACACAGAGAGCGAGCAGUCUGGUGGAAGGAUGGUACAGUGGAACUUCAUUAUGAGCCCAGAAAAUGGAUCGCAAGACCCAACAGGAGCAUACGUGCGAAGGUGGGUACCAGAGCUUGCUCAGCUCAGCAACAAACACAUUCAUGCACCAUGGACAGCCAGCGAAAAAGACUUGUCGGCAGCAGGAGUGAAGCUCGGAGAGACCUACCCUCAUCGCGUCAUCACUGACCUUCGCGGAGCAAGGGCCGAGACAGUCACGUGA